UUUUUUUUUUAAAAAAAAAAAAAAAAAAAAAAAAUUCCAUUUAGGAGCAGUAGUACUACCAGUGAGGCCAAGAUGGCUCAGGGGUCAUCAGCUCCUCUGAACAUUCUUGACUGGUCAAAGAUUUACAGAAACAGUACUGCAAAGAAAGGUGAUGAUGUUUAUGGCUAUGGGGAUUAUUAUGAUGUUGUUGAUGAUGAUGAAAUGGUGCCUCCACAUGAAUAUAUAGCUAGGAAGCUUGCAAGAAGUCAGGUUUCUUCUUUCUCCAUGUGUGAAGGGAUUGGAAGGACACUCAAAGGAAGAGACCUCAGCAAAGUGAGGAAUGCGGUUUUAACCAAGACUGGUUUCCUAGAAGAGUAAUGUUAUUGAGGCCUAAGAGUUUGAACGAUCCGUAUCCAGUCUUCGACUUUGUAUAUU